AUGGAAGCCGAGAUAUCCAAGCGGUCCGAGGGGAACGACGGGGUCCGGGGGGCGCGUCUUCAGGCAUGCCAGAUAGGUCAGCAAGAUUAUGCAUUUCACUCGAACCAGAGCACCUACGCAUCUCCGGAACUGCCCCGGAUGACCCAAGAUUUUCUCCCGGGCCAGUCAGACUUGAGUCAAGAGUCCCCUUCUGCAAUUCAACAGGUUCCGGACCAAGCUGCCAUACCGAGCCUGCCGGACAUGGAUGACGGGUUUCUCGCCAGCCUAGAUCUGGAACUGGGACACCUCCUAGGACAGCCCGGCGCGGACGAAGCGCCGGCCGCAUACCAGCAAACCCCGGACCAGGGACCCCCCCCCGGUCAGCCAGCCCUGCCAGAAGAAUCGCCGGAGCGAUGGCCGGAAGAAGGGCCGGACGAAGGCACAUGGGGUUCGAUGAAUUCGGCGGGAACCUGCCAACAAACCAAUCAUAUCAAGGGGUCCAGCAAAAUUAGGGAUUGGACGGAUAUCGGCACGUCGACGGACCUCAGGACUCCAGCGGGGCUCAAGGCUUCCAUGACCACCAAGGAUCCGACGUUACUCUAG